AUGUCUGUAGAACUUGUUCUUGCUGCUGUAGCGGCAGCUGACUUAUGUCUCAAAUACGGGAAAAAGCUGAUGUCUGCCUAUCGCGACUUCAAAGGAGCGAGCGAAGCUGUCCAAGAAAGGCUCCUCAUCGUGGAGGCUAUGUGGAGCAAGACCGCGUCACAAAUCGAGUUCGCUAGGGUCGUGUUCAAAGUACUUGAGGAAGAGCAUUGCGGAGUUUAUCUGAGAAUCCUUGAGACGUUACACUGCAAGUUCAGUUUGGCAAUUUCCAAAAUUGAAUCGGUCACCAAGACUAGCGCUGGGUCUGGUGUGAAGAAACUGAAAUACGUCUUGAGUCGAGACGAUAUUGACGACGCGGUUGCACAACUUCAGACGUGGCACACUAUCUUCGAUCCUACCUGGUUCUUAAUGCUUCGCAUCGACAACAAGCUUAUCGAUACGGAACUAUUGAAAUCACCCGGGAUCGCAGAUGCUCCGAUCACACCGUCGCGGAGGCCUUCUUACGUAUCUUCAAUGCAUUCCACGCUCGUAACAGCUCGGAGCAUUCGAGAUAGUUUGAAGGGAGAAGGGACUGCCGAGCCGCAUGUUUCGCUCGCAGAGGACGGGCUGGAUUGGAGCACCACUCAGGCUAUUGAAUAUUCGACCACUUCUCUCGUUCGGAAGACGGGCUCAACGAAGGUUUUCGCCAUCGAUACAAUCGAUUGUACUCCAAAAUACGAUCUUCAACCCCUGAGAACCGCUGUGGACAGCAUGGCAAAGAAGCUGAAAAAGAAUGACAUCAACUACUUUGGUCUCCUCACCUGCAAGGGCGUCGUCAAACGGAAAGACUCGAAGACAAAGAGGCUGAUUUCAAUGAACUUGAUUUUUCAAUUGCCUAUACCGGAGACUGGUAACGUUCCCGUCAGCUUGCGUUCCCAUCUUUUGAAAGAGCGCACAUUCAGUUUGAGCCGAGUCCUUGACAUCGCAAAUCAGCUGGCGAGAGCUGUGAUCUUCAUCCACACCUUCGACUUCGUCCACAAGAACAUACGACCGGAGACGAUACUCGUGUUCCCGGAUCACUCAACGAAGUCCGAGCUAGGCUCAGCGUUUCUUGUUGGCUUCGAUUCUUUUCGUCACGUCAACCUUCAAACGCUGAAGAUUGGCGACAAGGCUUGGGAACGAAAUCUCUACAGGCACCCGAGCCGUCAAGGUAUCCAGGCCCAGGAGGCAUACAUCAUGCAGCACGACGUGUAUAGUCUUGGGGUUUGUCUCUUAGAGCUGGGUUUGUGGGAGAGCUUUGUCGACUAUCAGACUCAGACGGAUGGCUCUGACCAAGAGAAACUGCCCGGGGCUGGCCUGGGUAUAGGCCUGGAAGGCUUUGCGUUCGAAUCAAACGACUCAGGUACAUCGAAGAUCAAGGAUCGGCUGGUCGAGCUGGCGAAGACGCGGCUGCCGAUACGAAUGGGCGACAGGUACGCUGCGGUCGUUGUCACUUGCUUGACCUGUCUUGACCCGGACAACAAGGAGUUUGGGGGAGAGGAGAUGCAGGAUGAAGAUGGCAUCUUAGUGGGCGUCAGGUUCAUCGAGAGAGUUCUUCUCAAACUUGGAGAUAUUGUACUAUAG